AUGACUUGCCCUUUUACCUUUGUGUUGAAUCUGUUGGUGAUGACCGCUGUGAAGACCAAAGCACGCCUGCAAAGCGUGUCCAACAUGGCAUUGGCUUGCUUAGCCUUGACUGACGUGAUGGUCGGAUUAGUUGUCCAGCCUCUUUUUAUUGCUCAGAUAUGGAAUAUCAUACAAGGGGAAACCACAGCCAGUGCAUGUUCAAUGCAAAUUGCCUCAAAAUUGUUCAACUCCUUAUUUUGCUUGUCUUCCAUUGUUCACUUGUCUUUAAUAUCAGUGGAUCGGUACAUCGCCAUCAUGCGUCCUUAUAUUUAUAUUCAAACUGUGACCAAACGCCGUGUACUGAUAGCCACAGCUCUUGCAUGGACCCUGACUUUAAUUAUAAACACCGCCGUGUUGCUUAUUGACGUGGAAAUGGUAAGAGCUAUUAUCACUGCUGGCGUAAUUUCACUUAUUGCAGUCGUUGUUUUCUGCAACAUAAUAGUUUAUCGUGAGGCUCAUCGACAAGAGAAGCAAAUAGCAGCCCAGCAAGUCGAUAUAGCGACCAAAGAAAACUUUUUAUCUCACAAGCGAGCUUUUAAAUUAACAUUAAUGAUUAUGACGCUAAAAGUUAUAAGUUAUUUUCCUGGAACUACUUUCGUAAGGUUCAAGGAGCCCCUGAAAAACGUCGUAAGCUUGGGUACGUUGACUUCCAUUUUUAUGGUUGUUGGUAGUUUAGCGGCCUUUAACUCUCUUGUUAAUCCGUUUAUUUAUUGUAUAAAGUUAAGACAGUUUCGGGUCGCAUUCAUUGAAUUACUGAUAAGGAAAAACCACAAUGAGGCUGACGAAUUUUAAAGAAAGAUAUUGGGAACAAUCGUUGCUAAUUUUGAAUUCAACCUGAGGGGAGAGAGAAGCGAACAGAAUACUAUAAACCAGGCCAAUGCAAUCAGAGGCGUCGAAAUACUCCUGGGUGGGGAGAGAGGGCAACAGCAUGGAAACCAGGCUAAUGUCAUCAAAUACUUCGAAACAUCCCAAGGCGGGGAGAGAGAGGAACAACACACCAACCAUGCCAAUGUCGUCAAAGACGUCAAGAUAUCUUUUGGUUUCAAGAGAGAGGAACAGCUCACCAACCAGGCCAAUUUUAUGGGAGAAGUCUAAUUAUCAGUAGAUGGGGAGAGAGAGGAACAGCGUGCCAACCAGGUCAAUGUCAUCAGAGACGCCGACAAAAUCAACGUAUCAAUUGACACUUAACAAUUUGUACAAAAAAAAAAGUCAUAAAGAAAUCAAAAUUUUUGUCGAGUGACAACAAUAGCGAGAUUUUCGCUGUUAAUAUAGAUAAUAAAAGUAUAUAAAUAUCUUGCAUGAUGUUACCUAGUUUAUACGUUUCUAAUAUUCCCUGUGAUUAAAAAGUAGCUGAACGAGGUCUUCGUUUUAUUGUUCUCGCAUGAUAUUUAUGUAGUUGUAGCUGGUCUGUAAUGUGAAAUAUAAAUGCACCAGUUCAUGACAAUUUUACCUCGCUUUUGUUCUGAACUUUAGUCUUACAACGUGAAGUAAAACAGAAAGACGUAUCGCGACCCAGCCGAUACUUGUACUGAGUUACAAUACUUUUUCUGAGUUCCUUUUAAUUUCAGUACCGCUUGAUCAUGCUGUAUCGUAGAAGUUUGAGCGGGUUUUUUGCUUCUCCUGUGACUGCAGACGUCUUCUUCGUUCUUCAAAGUUAAGCGCUGUCGGGUGCAGAAAAUACUUGGAUGGGUGGCCGAGCGGAAUCUCCUUUACAAGUGUUGAUAUAUUUGGACGAUUUUUGGAUUCCUUUUAUCUUAACUUUACGGUUUUUUAAUACAUUUAAGAAUAGGCAUAACAUGUUUUCUGUCAAUACAACUAUCAGAAAUGCAAACAGCUUCUAUUUAUGGGUAUAUUUAUACUUAUAAGGAAUCGGCGAAUCGCUUCCCUGCAAUCAUCGAUGAGUCUGGACGACAGCCUUAAGUACCAUAAAGUAUUUUUUUUCUAAUCAUUCAACUUUCAAAAGGCAGGCGCUUGAAAAAAAAGGAAAAUAAUAAUUCAACCUUAUACGCCAUUGACCGUUGCGUCGUUUUAAACAACAACUGAAUCGGAGAGCUGAACACUGCCCUCGAUUUCACAUUUUUUAAUUUCCCAUUCCCCAUUCCCCAUUCCUCGUUUUAGCAAUAUCAAUUUGACAUGCGGGACAUUUAUGAGUGGCUUUGCAAAUAAAACAUCUUUCAAUUGACCCAAUACCUCUUUUGUUCUUUUAUUGCAAAGUUAUCUUCACCAUUUAAAAUAUAUGCAAAAAUAAUCGCAAAAACGUUUUACUUUUUUUUCGUUUGGCUAUAGACAAUAUCCUAAAGUAGCGAUUAAAUUAAACGGCAAAGUAAAUAUCUGUAGCAAUAUCUUAUACCCAAAUUUUGUUUCAUAACAAGCUGGGUUUGCUGAGUUUGACUAAUAGUCGCGGGUCGCGGGUCGCGGGUCCACAGUCGCGGUCGCGGGUCCACAGUCGCGGUCGCGGGUCCAAAGUCGCGGUCGCGGGUCCAAAGUCGCGGUCGCGGGUCCAAUGUCGCGGCAGGGGAAAAUGAUUUGGGGUUCGAGGUAACUAAAUGAAAACGAGUGAUAUGAAAAAAAUAUGAAGGGAAAAAAUCGUUUUUAUGCAUGAUACUCUACGGUAGCCAAUUUACAGGUUACGGAUGUUAGAGUCAACAAAAUAAUGUCUCAAGAAAAGACGUAAAAGAAAAAGCUGGCCGACUUUUGUGUUCACCGCAAGUUCAUUUUGUUUUCUUUCUAUCGGGCCCAGUUAUCUAUAAAUUCAGCUUUGAAUGUACUUAUGCAUAACAGUAUCUGAUAAAAAAUGUUACCCUGAGUUACCAUUGUUUUCUUCUUGUCUAUGAAUUGCUGACAAAUUCUUAGGGGUGCAUUCACUGAAAAAUGUGCGAUAUACUUCAUAGACUAUAAAUCAUAUACGUUACAACAACUUAAAACCUUUUAUAAAAAAAGGGCUAACUCGGGCUCGAAAAGCUACGAGUCUGUCGGUAGAAGAAACGAGAACUGUUUCAAUUUUAACAAAUGUUUUCGGCAAAAAUAAAGAAAACGCUUGUUGAAAAACUUCCUGGUCGCAAACUCCCAAAAUAAACUCUUUGCUCAAGUAACUGGAAAGAGGAGGAGAGACGUUGGGCUUUAAGUGCCAGUAAAGUACAUUCAAGUGGAUAUUCAAGGCAUGAAUUUAAUAUAGAAACAAGUAAUAAUCCACAGCAAGAGGGGAUAAAGCUCGAGCUUUAUCCUCUCUUGUCCACAGAAAGGAGUUUGUUCCCACUAACGAUUGAAAUCCGGAAUCCAAGUUCUACCAAGACAGAAUAGACCAUAGUCUCUUGGUUCUACUGACAAAGACUUCAAUCCAGUACCUGGAAUCUGGAAUUACUUACCUAAUUUAUUGUCUUUUCUUAGCUCUGGUGGAGUUGAUAACUUACCGUUUUCAGUGUCUGGCUUACUUUCUUUUUCAGCUUCAUGAUAUCGGGCGUUAUUAUUUCCUUACCUACUUACUCACUUGGUUAUUUACGAUGCAUGUUUUCAAGAUUUGACUGAGACGCACAUUGAAUGGCUUCCUAUUGUCAGGUUGUCCUGGUUGCCAUUUAGGUGAAGAGAACAAGAAGUUAUAUUGAACAUUCCGGGUUGCCGUCUCAGUUGUAAAAAGAAAAGCAUUAAGCGAAAAUCUUGCUUCGAGGAACAGACUCCUUUCUGUGGAUUAUUACUUGUUUCCAUAUUAAAUUCAUGCCUUGAAUACCGCUUGAAUGAAGUUUCAUGCGCCUGUUUACAUUUUCUUUCAGUUUUGUCGAAAACAUUUGUUAAAUAUAAGAGUUCUCGUUUCUUCUACCGACAGACUCGUAGCUUUUUGAACCCGAGUUCGCUUUUUUUAAAAAAAGGCUUUAAGUUGUUGUAACGUUUAUAAUCUGUAGUCUAUGAAGUGUAUCGCCUAUUUUUCAGUAAAUGAACCCCUAAGCAUUUGUGAGCAAUUCAUCGACAAGAAAAAAGCAUGGUAAUUUAUGGUAACUUUUUUAUCAGAUACUGUUAUGCAUAAGUAUAACUGGGCCCGAUAGAAAGAAAACAAAAUAAACUUGCGUUGAACACAGAAGUCGGCCAGCUUUUUUUUUUUUAGGUCUUUUCUUGAGACAUUAUUUUGUUGACUCUAACAUCCGUAACCUGUAAAUUGGCAACCGUGGAGUAUCGUGCAUAAAAAAGAGUUUUUCCCUUUAUAUUGUGUUCAUAUCAGCCGUUUUCACUCAGCUGUUACCUCGAACCCCAAAUCAUUUUUCCCUGCCGCGACACUGGACCCGCGACCGCGACUUUGGACCCGCGACCGCGACAUUGGAGCCACGACCGCGACAUUGGACCCGCGACCGCGACUUUGGACCCGCGACCGCGACUUUGGACCCGCGACCCGCGACCCGCGACUAUUAGUCAAACUCUGCUGGAAUAGCACCUGUUCUGGUCGAUCAUUUCCCAAAAGGUUUUCGUUUUCAAAUGACGUUUGCCUUUUUAAAGGAAUUUGCUGCUUAAUUAACUGAAUUGUUUCUUGAUUUUAAUUUUUCUAUCUUUAUGCAUAACUUUCACGUCUAUUUUUGUUCGAUCGUAUGCGAUAUAUAUGAAAUAUUUGUGGAAAGAUACAGAACUACUUUUUUUCAGACGUUAACCUUAAAACACUCUGGUACUUUUAACGUUAUUCUCUCCUAGAGAAGUAUUUUGAUAUAUCUGUCCCCUUCUAGUCAUUGCACUGAACGAAAAUGAAUUCGAAUGGGUUUAUUUUGUGGACUUAUAUUAAAAAAUAUUCCGCUUGUAAACACAUGAACAAAAAAAACUCCCUCAUGAAAACCGUGUCGUGAAAGUUGAUUUUCUUUUCUACUUUCGUCCGCGUAAUGACGUACGUAAAUAAAACAUCUUUCAAUUGACCCAAUACCCUUGUUUGCUCUUUUAUUGCGAAGUUAUCUUGAUCAUUUAAAAAAAGUAAAUGGAAUAAAAUAUAAUUAAAAUAACUUUACCCUCCAAUCGCAAAAAAGGUCUUAGUUGUUUGGCUAUGGACAAUAUCCCAAAGUAGCGAUUAAAUUAAGUGGUAAAUAUCUGCAGCACUAUAAUUUCCCCAACUAAGGUUUGCUUUUCUGGAAUAGCACCUGUUCUGGUCGAUCAUUUCUCAAAAGGUUUUGUUUCCAAAUGACGUUCGCCUUUUUAAAGGAUUUCCUGCUUAACUGAAUUCUGAAUUCUGAAUUUUCGCUCCAUCUCUCUUAUGCAUUAAUAAGUUUCGUGUCUAUUAAUAUAUUUCUGUUUGAUCGUACGCGAUACAUCAGAACAUAUGAGAGUUUUGUGUAAACUACUUUCUUUCAGACGUAAACCUUAAAACAACUCUCAGCUUUGGGGCUCUUUGGUACUUUUAAAGUAAUUCUCUUGACUAAUACAGAGAUCACUUCUAACUAUUUUGAUUUAUCUGUUCCCCCUUUAGUCAUUGCUUUAAAAGAAAGUGAAUUCGAAUGGGUUGAUUUUCAAGACAUAUAAUUUUACUAUUCGCCUAUUAAAUGAAAUAUCUCACUUGUGAACAUAGGAACCCAAAACUCAUGGAUAAAAACCGUGCCAUGAAAGUUUAUUUACUUUUCCCUUUUCGUCUGCAUAUGACGUACGCCUCUUUUUAACGCUUUGCAACGAAACAGUUUUUCACUUGACUCAAUGUUUUGUCCUCAUUAGCCACAACAUUUUCAGCAUGUUUUUUAAAAUGAAAGAACUUUACUUACUAAUCGCAAAAUCAGUUUAGUUUUAAGGCUAAGGGAAAUAUCCCAAAAUAACUGUUAAAAAGGAUUUCCUGUUAAUUGACUGAAUCUUUCUUCGUUUUAAUUUUUCGCUGGCUUUGAUAUGCAUACUGGAAUAGGUUUGGUGUCUAUUUUUGUUUGGUCGUACUCGAUAUAUGAGAGAUCUUUGUGUAAGUGGACAGAACUAAUUUUUUUUCUGAGUAAUAUAAAACGUUAAGAUAGAUUCUCACUUUUACGACUUUGUAAUUAGCGCUCCUAAGUAUUUUGAUAGAUCUGUCGCCUCGCUUAUUUUACUAUUAGCCUAUAAAAUGAAACCUGUAAACACAGGAGCACCAAACUCACCAAAGAGAAUCCAUCUUAAACUGUAAUUUUGGUGAUCACAAAAUUAGGGUUAAAACAAUCAUCCAGCUUCCCCUAGCUUGCCUCCACAUUUCAUUUAAUGCGUGGAGUUUUUUGACGAGCAUUUCCAGCACGUUUUAAUCAUACUGUUGUAUUUCUGCCAUAAAUCUCUUAUAAUUUACGACAUUGUGCAACAACAAUCAAAUUGUGACGCGCGAGCUUGGGAUACCUGUUCUGUAAACACGUCACAAUACAGCCUUAUAACAGUUGUGAAAAUGUGUCCAUGUUAUCCGCUAGACUGAACUUUUUCAUCUUAGAGGAAAUUCAAGGAAAAUACUCGAAACAUUUUCUUUUGAGUGGCAAACGGGAUAGAAACACGAAACAUUAUUUGAAAGUAAUGCAUUUGUCACAUUAAACUGAUCAUAUUUGAAAUUUAUCCCCGGCUCAUGAAUUAAUGAUAAUCAUUGUUUUAGUUAUAUUAACCCUGCUUAACCCUUUUUUGAAAUAAAAAGGUCCGGAAAAAAGCAAAAUUAUCCUUUUCGCUUUGUUUUAAAGAGGAAAAUGAAUUAUGCAAGAUGCAAAUACGGAAAAUCAUCAGAAAAUAAAACGUUUGUCACUUGUUAAUGUAUUUUGAAUCUUAUCCUCCCUGAAUUACUGCUAGUGAAUUAGCCGGCUUCAGUCAUCUAAUGCUGCUGUCUAAACCUAUUUGAAAUAGAAAGGUCUGGAAAAGAGCCGAAAGGUUCUUUUCGCUUUGUAUUGAAGAGGCAAAUAAACUAUUUUUCUACUUUUAGUCUCUUUCUCUUUAUACUUGUGAUGUAAAAUAGCAUAGGCCAUCUUAAAUUUCGUUCAAGGGAAACUUUUAAAACAUGAAACAUUUGGCCGAAACAAAAACCAGAAAAAGACUACAUUUCGUAGGGUUAACAGGUCCAAGACGGAGUAGAGAAGAGAAGAUGGACUCGAGUCACGAGAUUCAAAACGACUUCCCUGUGAACUGUGUUGUCUACAGUUUAAUUCGUGGAAAGCCAGAUCAUUUGUCAGAUUUAGCCUACGCUGUUCUCGUUGCCUUGAUCGUAAUCCACGCCACGACCUGCCCUUUUACCAUUUUGUUGAAUCUGUUGGUGAUGAUCGCUGUGAAGGCUAAACCACGCUUGCAGAGCAUGUCUAACAUAACAUUGGCUUGCUUAGCCUUGACUGACAUGAUGGUCGGAUUAGUGGUCCAGCCUCUUCUUAUUACUUUUUAUUACUUUGAUGGUGAACCUCAUCCAAGGGAAGGCCACAGCCGGUGUAUGCUCAGUACAAAGUGCCACAGGAUUUUUCAUCAGCUUCUUUUGCUUCUCUUCUUUUGUUCACCUGUUCCUAAUGACUGUGGAUCGGUAUAUCGCCAUCAUGCGUCCCUAUGCCUACAUUGA